AGCUGCAUAUUUGGCCAGCUGAUGUCCAUCAGUGUGGCCCUGCUUGGGUUGACGUUCUACAUCCGCUUCCAGCAGAUACGCGAUUUCUGCAACCACUUCCCACACGUACCCAAAGUCAGGAAAUUGAACAAUGUGAGCUUCCCUUUGGGCUUAGUGGCGACGUUCGGCAUGAGCAUGGUGUCCAACUUCCAGGAGACGUCCGUCUUGGCUGGCCACUACACAGGCGCCGUCAUGGCCUUCGGCUGCGGCACGGCGUACUUUUGGUUCCAAGCCAUCGUCAGCUACGAACUGGCGCCGCAUCUGAACUCCAUUCGAAAAGCGCACUACCGGAUCGCCUUGGCUAUAAUUUGCACAGUCUGCUUCAUCAUCGCUUGUGGCUGUGGUCUUCUGGCCCGCAAAUACUACCACGGACACGAUCCGCUCAAGUGGUACCCGUCGGACGGCGGCUGGGGACUCCACGUGACGUCCACGGGCGCCGAGUGGGUCAUGGCCCUGUGUUUUGAUAUUUUUGUAGCCAGUUUUGUGAGCGAGUUUAAGCGAUUGUUGGCGCGUCCUCCGGAGUUCCUGCUGGACGUCGAGCACCUGGGCAUUGGACGGAGUCUCAGCUUCGACCCGGUCAUCAACGCAUGAAUCUUGUUUUCCGUCGUCGCAAAAACUUGCCGUCGAAUCACUUUCUGCUGCGAGUUUAGCAGAAAUUGAAUAAUUAAGGACCUUUGAAUCCUGUGUGAGCGAAAAUCAGAACUUUCUUCUGCGAUUUAAAAACAAAAGUGAAGCGCAAAAAAGUGGAGCGAUGCAGUGAGAUAUUUAGACAGACAAUUUGAUUCGUGAUCAAAUUGAUGCAUAGGCAAUAAUUUUCAAAUUAUUCGAAUAACCUGAAAA